ACGAAAACAAGCAGUGCAACUAAUUACAUGACACGUAACUAUGGCCCGUGUUCCAGAGCUGCUUCUUCGUAUUUUGGAAGAAAUGGUCGACAAGCAACUCAGGACUUUCCACUGGUACCUUUCAAGUAAUGUGCUUGAAGGAUUCACGCACAUUCCAAAGUCUCGGGUUGAUGGGAUGGACAGAACAGGCACUGUGGAUCUGUUGGUGCAAACAUUUGGCUAUGAUGGUGCUGUUGCUGUUACUGAGGAUAUACUGAUGAGGAUGAAACUCAAGCUGUGGGCUGAUACUCUAAAGGAGGAUUAUAGUAAAGUUCCCAGCAAUCAUGUGGACAAAGAAGUUGGCCAUCACACAAUCCAAGAAAAAAUGAAAUCAACUCUGAAGGAAAAGUAUCAAAACAUUUAUGAGGGGAAUGCAGAUGAGGGGGAAACAGUCUACCUAAAGAAAAUUUACACAGAGCUGCACAUGAUUGAAGGAGCCUGGGGAAGCUUCAGUGAUGAGCAUGAGGUCAGACAGCAGAGGUCAACGCUUGUGUCAGGAGAUGAAAAAUCCACCAAAGCUAUCAAUAUUUUCAAACCCAAACCCAAUCAAAAUAAGCGAAUCAGAACAGUUCUUACCUUGGGUAUUCCUGGAAUGGGAAAAACAGUCUGUGCUCAGAAAUUUACACUAAGCUGGGCAGAAGGAGAAGAAAAUCAGGACAUCACCUUGCUCUUCCCACUUCCUUUCCGUGAAAUAAAUACCACUAUAGGUGAGAAAGACUACAGCCUAAUGCAACUUAUCCACCAGUUCUUUCCAGAGACAAAACCUCUUGAGAAGCUGGGAGCAAACUGCAAAGUUCUCUUCAUCUUUGAUGGCCUCGAUGAGACUCUUCUCCCCUUGAAUUUUAAACACAACAAGGUCUUGAGGGAUGAAACGGAGCCGGCCCCACUUGAUGUGCUCAUCACAAACCUCAUCACUGGAGAUUUGCUUGGCAAUGCACUCAUCUGGAUUACCUCCAGACCUGCGGCAGCCCACCGCAUCCCUCGAAAGCACAUCCACCAGUGGACAGAGGUGAAGGGCUUUGGUAAUGCCCAGAGGGAAGAAUACUUUAAGAGAAGUUUACAUGAUGAUAGCCUUGCCCUCAGGGUCAUCAACCAUGUAAAAUCAUCAAGAAGCCUAUACAUCAUGUGUCAAAUACCAGUUUUCUGCUGGAUCACUGUUACUGUGAUGAAGAAAAUGGUCCGCAAAAAUAUGACAGGAGUCAUACCCAACACUCUCACUGAGAUGUAUGCAUAUCUCCUUAUCUGCCAGACGGACCGAAUGGUUGAAGGACACUAUCCAUUGAAAAGUAACAAUGUCCUAUUGAAGUUAGCAGAACUUGCGUUCCGUCAGCUGGAGAAAGGAAGAUCAAUCUUCUAUGAGGCUGACUUGAAAGAAUGUGGCAUACAUGUCAAGGAGGCAACCAUCUACUCAGGGGUUUGCACAGAGAUCUUCGUAAUGGAGGGAGGAAACAGACGAGAAGUUUUUAGCUUUGUACACUUGACCAUCCAGGAAUUUUUAGCAGCUGUGUAUGCCCAUUACUUGUACAUGAAAAGAAAGGAAAAUGUUUUCCUUGGAUACCUGAAACGGAUUUACACAAGAUGGCAAUUCAAGUCUGUAUUCAAUUUUCAUAAAACAGCCAUCGAAAAAGCCUUAGAGAGUACAGAUGGCCAUUGGGACCUCUUUCUUCGCUUCCUUCUGGGACUCUCACUGAAAUCAAACCAGGAGCUUCUCUGUAAAAUACUGGAUUUGGAUGUAGAAGGAGAGGAAGAUGUAUCAAGAACAAUCCAGUUCAUCAAGGAAAAGAUCAGUGAAGAAGCAGACGCCAACCUCAACUUGUUCCACUGUCUGAGUGAGCUCAAAGAGGAAGCUUUAGUGCAGGAGGUUCAAAGUUUUGUGAGCUCUGGGAGGCUUGAUGCCAAAAAGAUGUCAUCAGCUCAGUGGUCAGCUCUUACGUUUGAGCUGAUGACAUCAGAGACAACUGAGGAAGAGUUUGACUUAAAGAAGUACAUAAAAUCAGAGGAGGGAAUGGUGAAGCUGCUGACAGUAAUUACUUCCUCCAAACAUGCUCUGCUAAAUCAUUGCAACCUCACGGAAAACUGCUGUGAAGCUUUGGCCUCUGCACUUAGCUCAACCUCCUCUCAUUUAACAGCUCUAGACCUAAGUGGGAACAAGCUGAAGGAUUCAGGGGUGAAGUUGCUUUCCGCCGGAUUAAGGAGUCCACAUUGCAAACUGAAGAGUUUGAGGUUUUGUUAGCAGUGUUUAAGAAAUUAUACGAUGCACAACAUGUCUCUGAAAACAGAACAGAAACCCUUCUUCUUCUGGCCAGAGGACUUGUGGUCUGGGUUUGCUGUUUGCUCUCAUGAGUGCUAUUAAAUUGUACCAUUUACAGUUAACUUACUAUCUUACUAAUUGCUUUCAUUGCUGUGCUUCACCAACGGUGUGUGCUUUUUCUUGUCUUUUUUUUUUUUUUUAGAUUAAACAAUUGUCAGCUUCAAGGAGACUGCUGUAAAGCACUGGCUGUUGCUGUCAGUACAGAGUUUACCCAACUCAAAGACCUUGACCUGAGUGCUAAUGAUUUCCAGGAAGUGCAUCUGAAGGCUCUGUGUGUGGGCAUGUGUAGCCAGUUUUGCAAACUGGAAAUUCUGAGGUUGAAUCAGUGCAAGCUAAGAGAGGGUUGCUGUGGAAAUUUGGCUUCACUCUUAAAAUCAGGCUCAUCUCGGCUUAAAACUCUUGAUCUGAGUAACAACAGUUUGAAGGAUUCAGGUGUAUCUCUGCUAGCUGCUGGACUAAGAAAUCCACAGUGUAGACUGGAAACUCUCAGACUCAGUUGGUGUAACCUGUCACAGAAAUGCUGUGAACCCAUUGGCUCGGCUAUCAGCUCUGACUCGACCCAAGUCAGAGAACUGGACUUGAGUGGAAAUAACCUACAUGGUCCAGAUUUCCAGCUGCUUUGUUCUGGUCUCAGAAGUCAGCACUGUAAACUCAAGACUUUAAGAUUGAAUGAAUGUAAUCUCCAGAAAUGCUGUGCAGAUGUUGCCUCGGUCAUCAGUUCUGACAUCUCACAGCUGAAGGAGCUUGAUCUGAGUGGGAAUGACCUGCAGGACUCGGAGAUAAAGUUGCUCUCUAAUGGACUUGCAAAUACAAGCUGUACACUGAAGACAUUAAGGCUGACAUUUUGUGGAGUCACAGAAGUGGGCUGUACGCAUUUGACUUCAGCACUGAGCUCCAACUCCUACCAACUGAGGGAAUUGGAUCUGAGUUACAACUACCUUCAGGACUCCGGCAUUAAGCUGAUCUCUGUUCAUGGUGAUAAACUUGAAAAACUUAGUGUGGACCCUAAUGCAGAAUGUUUCUUGAAAGCAACAUUAAAAAACUAUGCAUGCACAUUGACGUUCGACAAAAAUACAGCUUCCAAGUCUCUCUUUCUUCAUGAUGGUGGAAAGCAGGUGACAUGGGUCAGAGAGAGACAGCAACACCCAGAUCACCCUGAGAGGUUUGAGACUGUCUCCCAAGUCCUUUGUCAACAAGGCCUCACUCAACACCAUUAUUGGGAGGUAGAGUGGCGAGGACGCUGGGUGGAUGUAGCUGUGGCGAAGAGGGGAAUCAGUCGGAGGGCGGGAUAUCACCUGUCUGGUUUUGGCUACACUGACCAGUCCUGGAGUCUGUACUGCUCUGAUGAUCACUACACUGCUCAGCAUGACGGCCAUAAUGUCGAAAUACUAGGGCACCCAUCUCAUUCCCAUAGGAUUGGAAUCUUUCUGGACUGGCCAGCUGGCACCCUGUCCUUCUAUAGUGUGUUCUCUGGGACCCUCAAACACAUUCACACAUUCUACAGCAACUUCACUGAGCCCCUCUACCCCGGGUUUGGAAUGGAGGAGGAUGACUGCUCUGUAAUUAUUUGUAAAUGAUGGUAAAACAGGAGCUUAUGGACAGCAAGUGAUAGAUGCUGAGCGUGGAUCAAUUUAGACAAAUAAACCUAAUCCAACCUUUUUUAUGGAGGGAAUUUUGUUUGUGAUAAUAGUGAUGUGCUAUUUGGCCUUCAAUACAUUUUUGUUUUUUGACAAAACUGCAGAAACUGUGUUUUGUCAAGCAAAACUAUUUACAGAUAUCCUUAAUAUGGCAGUAGAACACUUUUUCAAAAGUCAGAAUAACUGUUAUUGAUUCUACAAUUUUUGUGACCUGAAGUGUAAUUUCCCAUUUGAUCAUAAUUAGUAUCUUAAUGUCACAAUAUAUUCAAUGUAUUGUUAUCCUUGAUGACACCUACAUAUUUCCAAUAUGUCUGACAU